UCUGCUCUCACAGACGUUGCCAUCUUUCCCGCUGUUCUCCCUGUCGUCCCAUCACCCGUCAAAGCAGCUCCCAGACGGUCCAAUCCUAUCAACGAGUGCUUUGAUCUCGACUGGCUUUGUUUACCCCUGUCGCUGCACACACAAUGGCGUCCAACCAGGCUGUCAACGGCAGCGCUGUGGAGGAGACCCUCGGCGCCAUCAAGCUCGACCCUUGGCUCACGCCCUUCCAAGAUGCGCUGAAGAGGCGGCACGGCAAAGCCAAGGAGUGGACCAAGAAGAUCGAGCAGAGCGAGGGGUCCAUGGAAAAGUUCACCAGGGUGGGGAUACCGCCCUCGUUGGCCCAGCACACUGUCAUUCUUUGACGCGCUCUGCUAACCUAGCUCUUAUUUGCUGCGAAAAGGGGAUAGAGCUGUUUGGACUGAACGUGCGAGAUGACAACUCCAUCAUCUAUCGCGAGUGGGCGCCAAACGCCACUGCGGCCCACCUCAUGGGCGACUUCAACGAUUGGAAUCGUCAGUCGCACUCCAUGAAGAAGGAUGAUUUCGGAGUCUUCCAGAUUGUCGUUCCACCCAGCGCCAAUGGCCAGCCCGCCAUUCCACACAACUCCAAGAUCAAGAUCCUCCUGUCCCUUCCUAAUGGCCAACAGGUUGAUCGUCUGCCGGCAUGGAUCAAGUAUGUGACACAGGACCUGUCCGUCUCGCCUGCUUAUGACGCCAGGUUCUGGAACCCACCGGCUGCGGAGAAGUAUGUCUUCAAGCACCCUCGGCCCAAAAAGCCCGAGAGCGUCCGUGUUUACGAGGCUCACGUGGGGAUAUCGACCCCCGAGCUGAAAGUCGCGACGUACAAGGAGUUCACCAAGAACAUGCUACCUCGCAUCAAGGCUCUGGGCUACAAUGUCAUCCAGCUCAUGGCAAUCAUGGAGCAUGCAUACUACGCGAGCUUUGGUUACCAGAUCAACAACUUCUUCGCUGCCAGCAGCCGCUAUGGCCCCCCGGAGGACCUGAAGGAGCUGGUCGAUACAGCCCACAGCAUGGGGCUUGUGGUCCUGCUUGAUGUCGUCCACAGUCACGCCUCCAAGAAUGUCCUAGAUGGCAUCAACGAGUUCGAUGGCACCGACCACCAGUACUUCCAUGAAGGUGGCAAGGGAAGGCAUGACCAGUGGGACAGCCGGCUGUUUAACUACGGCCACCACGAAGUUCUGAGGUUCCUGCUUAGCAACCUCAGAUUCUGGAUGGACGAGUACCACUUUGAUGGCUUCCGGUUCGACGGUGUCACCAGCAUGCUGUAUAUCCACCACGGCAUUGGCAGCGGCUUUUCCGGAGGCUAUCAUGAGUACUUUGGCGCUGAAGUCGACGAGGAAGCUGUGGUCUACUUGAUGAUGGCCAACAAGAUGCUGCAUGAUCUGUACCCUGAGGUCAUUACAAUCGCCGAGGACGUUUCGGGCAUGCCGACGCUCUGCCUGCCCGACGCGGAUGGUGGAGUGGGAUUCGACUACCGUCUUGCCAUGGCUAUCCCGGACAUGUGGAUCAAGAUCCUCAAGGAGAAGAAGGAUGAGGAAUGGGAUGUUACUGACAUCUGCUGGACCCUGACCAACCGGCGUCACGGCGAAAAGACGAUCGCUUACUGCGAAAGCCACGACCAGGCGCUUGUCGGAGACAAGACGCUCAUGAUGCAUUUAUGCGAUGCUGAGAUGUACACACACAUGUCGACCAUGACGCCGCUGACGCCGGUUAUUGAGAGGGGAAUGGCGCUCCACAAGAUGAUCCGACUUAUCACGCAUGGACUUGGAGGCGAGGGCUACCUCAACUUCGAGGGCAACGAGUUCGGCCAUCCCGAAUGGCUGGACUUCCCACGUGAAGGUAACCAGAACUCGUUCUGGUACGCGAGGCGGCAGCUCAACCUCACCGAGGACAGUCUGCUGAGGUACCACUUCCUCAACGAUUUCGACGCGGCCAUGAACACCACCGAGGCCAAGUACGGCUGGCUGCAUGCGCCACAGGCCUACAUAUCGUUGAAGCACGAGGGAGACAAGAUCGUCGUUUUUGAGCGCGCAGGCUUGGUGUUUGCCUUCAAUUUCAACACGACCCGAAGUUUUGCCGACUACAGGAUCGGGAUCGAACAGCCUGGAACGUACAAGAUUGUGUUGGACACAGACGACAAGGCCUAUGGCGGAUUCGGUCGCGUCGACAAGUCUACUCGCUUCUUCACCACUCCCAUGGAUUGGAAUGGCAGGAAGAACUGGACUCACAUCUACCUGCCGAACCGUACGGCCAUUGUUCUGGCAAAGGAGUGA